AUGAGUGCUUUAUUGACCGUUUGCACGAUUCUUGUGGCUUCAGCCACUCCAAUACUUGGAUGUGCAUCCUAUUCACAGCCCUCUCUUCCACCAUCUCCACGUAGAAUGCUUCCACCAGGCACUGGUAACCCGUGUCCACCUGGCACCGAACAUGGUGUUGGUUAUGGUGGUGGUGGUGGCGGCGGCGGCGGCGGCGGCGGUGGUGGUGGAGGAGGCGGUGGUGGUGGCGGUGGGGGUGGCGGUGGAAGUGGUGGUGGUGGAGGCGGCGGGGGUGGUGGUGGUGGUGGUGGUGGUGGUAGAGGCCAAUAUCCAAAUUACCCACCUCAUGGCAGUGGCGGUGGCAAUGGUGACGGUGAUGGUGAAACUGGAAGUGGUGGACAUAUGCCACCUGCUGUAAAGACACCGCCAUCUACUGCGCCUUCAACCUGCCCCGUCAACGCCUUGAAGUUGGGGGCAUGUGUGGAUGUGCUUGGGGGGCUGGUGCAUCUUGGCUUUGGGGAGCCGGCGGAGCACACCUGCUGCCCUCUUCUGGAAGGGCUUGUCGGACUGGAUGCUGCCCUCUGCCUCUGCAGCUCCAUCAGGCUCAAGGUUCUGAACAUCAACAUCUACAUUCCUCUAGCUCUCCAAAUCCUGACUACUUGUGGAAAGGACCCUCCUCCUGGCUUCAUCUGCCCUGCUUGACCGAA